CCCAAGCAGAUAAGAGCCUUCUAGCUUCCUGCCUGGAAUCGAAAUCUACCAUCACAAAUGGCCUCUGCUUCAUCAACACUCCUAUCACCACAAUUCUCAUUUUCUUCGAAAUCUUCAUUAAAACUCAGAAGGAUCUCUAAUGCACCACCAAUGCAAGAAAGCCUGAGCCUCAUCGAUAGUAAAACACGAGUCCAGAGGAGAGAAAUUUUCAUUAAAGGACUGGCAAUGUUGCCGGCCGCCGUAUUCGGCGGAGCUCCCAUAGCAGAAGCAAGAGAAGUGGAGGUGGGAUCAUAUCUUCCACCAUCCGCCGCCGACCCUUCUUUCGUCGUCUUCAAGGCCUCCCCCAAAGACACCCCAGCUCUACGCGCAGGAAAUGUGCAGCCGUACCAGUUUCUUAUUCCACCGACAUGGAAGCAAGCUCGAGUGGCCAAUAUAUUGUCAGGGAAUUAUUGCCAGCCCAAGUGUGCGGAACCAUGGGUGGAAGUGAAGUUCGAAGAUGAAAAGCAGGGGAAAGUCCAAGUGGUUGCAUCUCCUUUGAUACGUCUAACGAACAAGCCUAAUGCGUCGAUCGAGGAAAUUGGAGACCCUGAGAAAGUGAUUGCCUCACUUGGUCCUUUCGUCACCGGCAAUUCUUAUGAUCCCGAUGAACUCCUCGAAACAUCCGUUGAAAAACGUGGACAACAGACGUACUACAAAUACGUACUUGAGACUCCAUUUGCUCUAACGGGUACCCACAAUCUGGCAAAAGCAACAGCAAAAGGAAGCACCGUUGUAUUGUUCGUAGCCAGCGCUAACGAUAAACAGUGGUCUACAUCCCAGAAAACUUUAAAAGCAAUGCUUGAUUCAUUUGAAGUCUAAUUUAAUGUUACAUUUUAUAAAGAAUGAGAACCAUAGAGGAAGAAUUACUUAGUCUUGUUUGUUGGAGAGGUCCUAUUUGUGAUACA